AAGCGUUCGCGUCUCCUUCACAUUUCUAAUUACUUCCACAGCUCUUUCAAUACUCACCACCUUCAAGGAGCUGCGCAUUCAUUUUCAACUAUUCUAAGUCAAGGUCGUCUUCUAUUGCGAUUUUUUUAUAUUUCAAUUGAGUUUCGAAACUGUCAGGAAACGACCACAACCUAUUUUGCGCAUAUUUGAAGCUUAGUCGCAAUAAUGCCUCCCCAAAUUACCGAUGACGAGCGUUCGGUUUCCGAUGCCAGCGAACAAGAAUUUGAAAAACAAGUAAAGGGAAAGGGCAAGCAAGAAGAGUCGGAGCCUGCAGAAGAGUUGAGGGUUGAAUCGGAUGAAGAAGGCGAUGAGGAGCAAGCAGAAGAUGAAUACGUGGUUGAAAAGAUUUUGAAGCAUUCUUUUGAUGAGGAAGGCGUUUUGAGAUUCCAGGUUAAGUGGGAAGGUUACGAAAAGAAGUCGGAUAUGACAUGGGAGCCGGAAGAGAAUUUAGAGACUGCGCAAGACAUCUUGAACGCGUAUCUCGAGACUGUAGGUGGUAAAGAACAAUUGAUCGAACAAUACAAUGAGAAGAGAGCAGAGGCAGCGGAAGCAGCGGAAAAGAAGCAAUCAAAGAAGCGUGGUCGUCCAAGUACUGGUGUUAGUACUCCUCAAUCUAACGGAAAGAGGUCAAGAAAGAAUGGCCACCCCGCCUCGUCAACACCACCCGCAUCCCGAGAAGCAGCUACAUUCAAACCACCACAAGGAAGUUGGGAGGAUGAUGUUGUCACUAUUGAAGCUAUGGAAGGACCUAAUGCGGAAGUUAUUGUAUACUUGACAUGGAAGGGUGGAGCUAAGUCACAGCACCCAUUACACCAAGUUUACAAACGUUGCCCACAGAAGAUGCUCAGUUUCUACGAAAGACAUUUGGUUUUCAAAAAGACUGAAGAAGAAUCAUAAAUGGACCAUCUCACAAUCGUGAGCGAGCAAGGAAACAGGUCUUCGCAAAUUCUAUACCUCCCAGCCGAUCAGAUUGAUCAUUUAUCUCUGGUUUCGUGUGUCAUGUCCACGCCGCCAGCCCACCCGCAAAAUCUCCGCAUCCCCGAAGCAUUUUCUUCCAGAGAAACUCCGAAGAAACAGAGACCACGUCCAUAUUAGUCAUCUGUUCUCUACUUCAUAACUUUUCUUUUCAUUGGCACUGAAUGUGCACAUGUGAUGGGAUUCUGCAUACUCAAACGUCAUUUCUGCAUCCAUCAUGUUUGGGGUUUGCAUUUCCAUGUACCGUUUAGCAGGAGUUUGCGGUCAAGCUCGUCAGUAGGAAGACUUCAGGUUACUCAAAUAAUAUCGGAAGUGGUGACCUUUACUUUUCUUUUGGCUUACUUCACACUAUUAAUGGCGCCGUUUGUAUUUUUAGGGGGGGAAUGCCUGGAGAAUAAAUAAGUUGAAUAAAAUAUGAGCUGUGGUUUUUUGAGGUUGUGAAGACAGAUGAAUUUGUGAAGGUGAUGAUCGUGAGAUAUGUUCAUUUUAAGGCGUUUAUCUUUGCUUGCUUGAAGUUUGGUUUGCUUGGUUUUGCGUGGUUUGAGUAAUCAUUGAUUGUAUGUCAAAUCACUAGUUUGCUGAUGGGGAAU